AUAGUAACGGAUGUUUGCGGCUGGGAGCUUGAAACAGAAGCGACUUUCUGAGUUUCACUACUGUGUUGUCUUCUCCAAACAUUGCCCGUUUCUCCGCACUAUUUUCGCAGUAUAUACUAUGCCACCCAAAAAGAAAAGUACAAGUAAAACGCCUGCAAAGGCAAGGACGCCGACACUGAUAGAUGGCCUUACCAAGGAGGAGAUGUCCAAGGAGCAGCUGGAAGAGCACAUUUUGCACCUUCGAGAGGAGCUGGAUAGAGAGAGAGAGGAGAGGAACUACUUUCAGCUGGAGAGGGAUCAGAUCCACAGCUUUUGGGAAAUCACAGAGAGAAACCUCGCGGAGGUCAAGGCUGAACUGAAGAACCUGGAGAAGGAGAUAGAAGAAGAUGAAGGCCGUCACAGAGUAGAGAUCAAAGUGUACAAGCAGAAGAUGAAGCACCUGCUGUGUGAGCACCAGAACAAAAUCGCUGAGCUGAAAGCGGGUGUUUUAGUCUCCACUGAAAUGAUGCAGAAAGAGCAGGAAGAACUAGAGACGGAGCUUCAUAAGAAAAUUAAGGCCAUCAUGGUCGACAUACAGGAGCUCGACAAUGACAACCUCAUCAGGGAGCUUGAACUGAAACAUGAUGCAGAAAUGACAACAAUCAGGAACAAAUGGGAAAAAAACCUAAUGGAAAUUACAGCCAACAAUGAGAAAAAGAUGCAGUUGCUGCGACAGGAGCUGGACUACAUGAAGAAAAAUUCAACCAGUGAGCAGGAACACAUGUGGAACAGCUACAUCGCAGCUCUUAAAGAAUAUCACAACCAAGUAUUCAGUGAUGCUAAACUGGUUGUUAAUCAAAUGGAGGAGGAUUUGAAUACAGUCUCUAUACUCAAGGAAGAAAUUGCAAGCAUAACCGAGAAACAGAAGGUGAUGAAGAACGACCUGAAACUUGUUUCACUGGACAACACACGUCUUGCUGAGAGCAUCUCAAAAGUCGAGAAAGAUAAUGCUGAAGUUGAGAAGAAAAUUAAAUACUACUCGGCGAAAAAGGAUCCCAGUAAUACCAUUGAAAAACUCAAAAAAAGGGAGCUGGAAAAUUUGAAACGGGAACAUGAGGUACUGGGAGAGAAAUUCACGAAGCUUCAGAUGGAAAGGGAUGAACUGUACAAGGCAUUCCCUCAGAAUAUUCAGAAGGUGCAGCAUAAAGCAGAUCAGGUGACCAUGCUGCUGGAAAAGAAGCUGCAAGCCCUGACAGAUAGUGUGGAAGAUGUGGAGGCUGGGCUCUGCUCGGUGCUUUCGGCCUCUAACAUAGACCAAACUGCCCUCAGUGGGGUCAUAAGCAAAGCUGAGGAAAAUCUCAUCUCCAGAAAUACUGCCAUCAAGAACUUACAGCACAAGAAAAAUCUGAUUGCCAAGGCUCGUAGAGAUUUGCUGCUAACCAUUGAAGUGAAGCAAAGGGCUCUUGGUGUUCCUGUGGAGGAGCUUUGUGUAAAUCCAUGACAGCAGUCUUGCUAGGAGAAAAAAAAGUCUGGAGCAGGACUUGGAUCUUGGGUGUCCUCCAAAAUGAGCAGCAGUAAAUCUAAAGAUUCAGAUAUUUAAAUCCUGCUUUCUUUGCAUCAGAUCUCAUCAGAAUCUUGCAUGGUUCUGUAUAUCAAGUAGAUAUUCAGAAAUAAAUAAAUGUUAGCAUGGAA